AUGGAGACCAUGAUGGUCACCAGAAAAAUUAAGAGACCCAACUUGGCCACACUAGAAUUCGCUAACAAGAAACUAAAAACUACAAGAAAAGUGAAAUAUCUGGGAGUGAUAAUAAAUGAGAAACUGACAUGGAGAGAACAUGUCUUCUCAAAAGUAGCAGCAGCAAAAAAGAACCUUAAUCUACUAUGCAGAAUAUUAGGCCCGACAUGGGGCAUGACUCCCCCGACAACUAAAUGGAUCUAUGAGGCGAUCAUAGUACCUAGAAUCACAUUCGGGAAUAUCGUAUGGUGGCAAACAUCCAACAUGAUAACGGCGACUACAAAACUAGAUAGCAUACAGGGCACAGCCCUAAGGCGCACCUUUGGCACGUUCAAAACCACACCAACAAGGGAAUUAGAGGCAUUAACCAACUGCCCCCCCCUCCUCCUCCUCCUAGAUACCAAGAUUAAAGAACUGGCAAUGAAGACAGCCAUGAGAUUACACGGUUGGGACGACUGGGAAGAUACCGGUAAAGGCCACAGCCAGAUAAUCCAACAAAACGGCAACGAAACAUUAAAAGAAAUAUACCUAAUGUCAAAAGACAGAUUAAUCACCGAGUACAUAUUCGAAAAAAGAUAUGAAACCAAAAUAGAUUCCAGAGAAGCAUGGAACACCACCACGCUACACCAAGAUAACGACAUAGUAUGGUACACAGACGGAUCUAGAAAAGAGAACCUUUUCGGCGCAGACUGGUACUGCGGAAAAGGCUUAUCAAACGAAGGCUUUAAACAGCUAGGGAAAUAUGCAACAGUAUACCAAGCUGAAGUCAUAGCCAUAUCCGAAUGUACGCAAGAAAUGCUCAACCUCAAUAUAAACAGCAAAAGAAUCACAAUAUGCACUGACAGCCAAGCGGCAAACAAAGCAUUAGAUAUAAAAUAA